CUCGGGCCCCAGGGUCAAUGUUGUACUGCGCAUGCCUGAUCGGUGCGGCUUUGGGGCGCUUCGACACCAAUUUGAGGAGUCAGCAGUGCAUUUUGUCUCUAUUAUCGUCUCUCACAGCACUCGGACAUAUCCUGCACAGCUUAAAAAGUGUGUUGCUCUGUUCACGAAUUCAGCUAUACCUAACAACAGUUCCAGAGAAUGACGAACAGCUCAAAAAAGAAAGAAGAAGUUCAACUCGCCAACGGUGGAGUCAAGCUGUCCACAUGGAGCAAAGCCUUGAGUAGUAAAGCUGUGUGGGAAGAGAAGGAUGAGUUCCUGGACGUGAUCUACUGGUUUAGGCAAAUCAUUGCAGUGAUCCUUGGAGUAAUAUGGGGCGUUGCACCACUGAAGGGAUUUCUAGGAAUAGCCAUAUUCUGCGUCAUCAAUGCAGGUGUGCUGUACCUGUACUUCAGCAGUUUCCAGCAGGUAGACGAGGAGGAGUAUGGGGGGACAUGGGAGCUCACCAAAGAAGGAUUCAUGACGUCAUUUGCAUUAUUCCUGGUGGUAUGGAUUAUCUUUUACACAGCAUUACAUUAUGAGUGAAGAAGUGAAGAACUGGGGAUUAACCAACGAUGUAUGGUAAAGCAAGACGAGAGACAUUUUCUUCAAUGUAAAGAAUAUGCAGAACUUCCAGAUGGAAGGUGGGGAUGAUGCACCUGGAGCACAUAGGAUCCUCAAGAGAGAUGUGCAUUAUGGUUAACUUCAGUGAAAUGGCCAUUUUAGAAGUCCUCGGUCAUUGUGUCUGAGUGUUAAGAUAAAACUGUCCUGUGCACUGCCAUGAUUUUUUUUUCAGUGAAUGAUGUUGUGUUUAGCUGGAGAUCAUAACUUAAUUUAAAAUCUAUUGUUCUCACGAUUAGCUUCCAAACCAUAGUCUUACCAGAUAUGAGUUUUUUUUCUUUAAAAACUGUAUAAAAUCUGUACAAUAUGCAUUUGAUCAUAUCCUCAAUGUAUUAAACUGAUUUAUUUGUAUGUUCUUUUUCUGUUAAUGUCUAGUUUGAUGUAACGUACGUCCCAGUAUUUUAUAGUGUAUUAACUGCAAGCAGAUAUAUUUGCUGUACCUGGUACACAUGGCUGUAAAACAUGGCUUUUGAAAGACUGUAUUUUCUGAUGGAAAUCUUUUGGGAAUUGCAUUAAACAUGGACGUUGUCUGUCCCACAUUUUAUAAAAGAUUAA